AUGUCCGCCAACAACGGCAUGCCUCCGAGGCCUCCGCAGCAACCCAAUGGCGCGGCUAUGAGGCGAGCAGGUCAAGAUCCGAGAAACGUAUCCGGCGCGCAGAGUCCGGGCUCGCAGGCAUCCACGGUGACUUCGCCGCAAUCCUUGUCGCGGGCGGCCGUCUAUGAGGAUGCGAAGAGGAGGAUUGUGGAAAGUCUGUUCUCCAAGAUAGACGAGCAAGGGGACUUGGCAGAGUCCUAUAUUACGCACCUCCGCGUAGAGGAAGAUGCAGCCUAUCCGCAAAGUCCACCGCCCCCCGAUUCGCCCCCUUCAAACAAGAAGCCGCGCGUGAUAAUACUUGCCGUCAAAAAGACCGGGCGGGUGCGCCUGCACAAGGCUCGCGAGAAUGCCAAUGGGUCCUUCUCGAUUGGGAAGACGUGGAACAUCGAUGAUCUUACUGCAAUCGAGUCCUUCACCAACGCCACACCUCAAAAUGCGGAAGAACAGCAGCGGAAAGACUGGGCAGGCAGUGUCGGUUUCGUUGUGACAAUCACGAAGCAGUACUACUGGCAAGCGACAACCUCGACAGAAAAAGAAUAUUUCAUCGCAAGUCUACUUAAGGUGUACAGGAAGUACACAUCGGGACGGGUACCCCAACUCAGCGGUUUCAGCAACCAAGAGCUUGAGAAAAUGCAAGAAUUGUUCGCACAGGGACCCCAUCGAAGCGGCGGACCAUCCCCAGCCCCCUCCAAUCAAUCAAGACCAAGCACCGGACCUGGUCAAGGCCCGCCGAGACCCGCGCAAACUGGCAGGCCCGGUCAAGGCCCGCCAUCAGCAUACAGAGGCCCAAGCGGUCCGUUACGGCCGAGACCCUCCCAAGAUCGGGAUCUCCGAAAACCACCAAGUCGGGAGCAAUUGCGGCCGUCACAUUCACCAAACCCCGCUUCCUCUAUCGCCUCUUCCCAGCGACUGACGCCCCAAUCCUCCCAUUCCGAGAUGGCUCCGCCAAGGUCUAUAACACCGGAUGACUCUAGCAUCUCAUCAAAGACACCAAGCGUGCCGUCCCAGCAGAGCCCGAGACACCAAUACCCCUUCCAGAUGUCGUCAGAAGAUACGUCGCACACCGACAUCCCCCGAGUUGACGGUGCAAGUAUAUCAAGCUCUACUAUGCAUAUGUGGAAACCGAGCGGUCUCUCUCCUGAGGCUAGACGCGAACCAUCGCCGAAAGCCUUCCCGCUCGCAGAAUCUAUAUCAUCGAGGCCUCCGACAUCUCAGAGUACAGCGGGUUCAACGAGUACACAGAAUGACCACUUCCGAAACGAACCGCCCAAACCGAUGCCACCACCAGAGCGAAAGCGACCGCCGCUGCUCGAUCCAAAUGGGUCUCAGCGAAGCUUCGACUCCGGCUUUGUUUCUAGGGACCCAUCUGCGCCGUAUUCAAGUCCGCUGACAAUACGGGGGAGCAAAGAGGCGUUAUCGGAUCGUCCCAGUAAUGAUAGCGCCCAAGAUCUUACCACGCGAAUGCCUGGUGGCUUCUUCCCGUCUUCCACUUCACUUGAUGUAAUAGAGCCUCCUCCGGCAGUAUCUCCGCCUAUACGACCUCCGUCUCCGAAGCCAGAGGAUGAGGCAAGACCCGGCCUGGGACCAAUGGUAAAACAAAAGGCGAACAAAAACGUGGCAGAUGUCAUCCGUAAAGCGGCCACAGCUUACGGUGCAUUCAAGCCUCGGGCUGGCGGCGCCGGUGACAGGCUUCGAGCAGCGAAGGAGACGCCUGCAUCGAAUGAACCGGACGGUAUCACGGGGGUGGUGCCCGCUCCAGGGCUCGUGAGAAGCAUGACAGACGACAGCAUGAAGGGCCCGCCAACCGAGCAGGAGAAGAGCAUCGAGCCGCCAGCCGCUACGGACGAAGUCCCGGAAGUUAAAGUUACGAGUCCGGUGUCACCAAGUCCGGCUCCAGACAAGCCGAUCGAUGAUGGAACUGCACCCACACUGACUCGGUCACCAAGUCCGCGGAUAGCGAAGCAAAAGGCCGAUUCUCCAGAAUCGCGAAGGCAAAGGAGGAGAUCAAAUAGCCAGAUUAAGUCUUUGGCGAACCUCGGCGUGGAUUCGGCGCUGCUGGACGGUCGGGGCUUAGAGUUUGAGUCCAUUCUGAGUGAUUUUGGCUGGGGCAGCAGCGUGCUUCAGGCCAGAAAGCUCGACGUGAUGGAGGCUGACCUUCGGCGAGAGCUGGGUCGUGUCGAGGCAGGCAGCUGGCUGGAUCACCUCGACCGUAAGGACGACAGGGUGGAUGCGGUUGACAAGAUGCUUGACCGAGCCAUUGCUGAGUGUGACGAGCUCGAGGGGCUGUUGACCUUGUACGGCGUCGAGCUUAGCAGUCUCAACGACGACAUCGCUUUCAUCGAAGCGCAGUCACAAGGCUUGCAGGUACAGACCGCGAACCAGAAGCUUCUUCAAACCGAACUCCAGACCCUCGUGGACACCAUCUCGAUCUCCCCAGGCCAAUUGGAGGCUCUCCGACGAGCGCCGAUAGGAAAGACCGACGGACUGGAAGCUAUAGAGUCGUCCCUUCUACUACUAUACAAAGCCAUGAUCACCAUCGAUCCCAAGAUUCGGCAGGCAAACCGCAGCAGUACCAGCCUGGAUCACUCAAUCGGCAGCAGCGAGCUCUCAGCUAUGCGGGCUCUCCAAGAAAAGAGGGACCGCUAUUUGAGUGAGAGUGCUCUCUUCCUCAGCCGCCUUGAGCAGUUUAUGGACAUGACAUUCGGUGCAGCCUUCAUGAACACCAAGGAUGCACUGUCCCAAUCAGAUCCGUUGAAGUCCCCUACAAAACUCGAGGUCGGCGUCCAUGAUCUUGCUCGCAACACCCUCUGGCAAUACAGUCCCGUUAUACUCUUUGCCAAGGAAAUCGACCUUCUCUCCUGGGAGGCACUCAUCAGGAUGUAUCAGAGCAGGGCGCGAGCACUCUACCAAGAGGAACUCCGCGAGAACAUCUCCGCCUGGCAGAAGACAGUCCGCAAACCCACAGGCGAGGAGCAAGAGCUACUUUUCACCAGCCAAGAAAAAGACACCGAAAGCCUGUCCACCACAGCGCGCAAGCUCACCGUCAAGCGCAGCCAGACCCUCGCCCGCAGCCUCCGCUCCGCCUCAAACGAGAAAGAAGCCACCCGAGACAAGAAGCAAGACGGGCGUCUCCACCCCUUUGAAGUCUACUCCGGGAUCCUCGACUCAGCAAUCCCGCUAAUCUUCACCGAGCAAAACUUCAUCGUCGACUUCUUCCACGCGACCUCCUCCUCAUCCCUCGACUUCGCCGAAGCCGUCACCUCGACCCCCAUUCCCGCCCGCCGCGGCACCAACCUCUAUGCCCGCAAACUCUUCGAGGCAGACCGUGCAAUGGCCAAACGCGUCCUCGACGUCAUGGACGACCUGUACAGCUUCUGGUCCGGUGACCUCAGCAGUCUUAUUGAGUGGGCAAUUAAAGCCGACCCGCUGCAGGGCGUCGGCAUCCUCGCGGCGCUAGAGCGCCAUCUCGGCAAGUUGGAGGAAACGAACCAGGAUUUCCUGGCCAGGACGCUGCAGGGACUGCACACACGUCUCGGAGGCCUCUUUGCGCGGUUUGUGGACGAGCAGAUCCGCGCGAUCGAGGACACCAAGGUCAAGAUCAAAAAGCGGAAAGGCGUCAUCGCGUUCAUCAGGACAUUCCCGCACUUCUCGGCCACUAUUGAGAAUAUGCUCGCUGCUGCCUCGGCUGCUGGGAGUACCCCAAUCCAAACUUCCGCGGACUACGAUGACCCGAAACCGGGGACCCUGGAUGUCCGCCAGGCGGUCGACGCGGCGUAUACGCGCAUCAACAAAGCCAUGUUCGAGUCCCUCAAGGUCAUCGCGAAGGAGUCGCCGGCGGUGAUGGCGGGCGUGGCGCAGGGUGUCCAUGAUCCAGAGGAUAAGGAGGCGCUGAACUACCAUAUCCUGCUGAUCGAGAACAUGAACCACUACGUUGAGGAGGUGGACGAGCGCGACGACGCUGUACUGGCGGAGUGGCGGGCGCGUGCGAAGAUGGAGAUGGGGGAGCACAUGGCGCUAUACGUCGACGCAGUCGUUCGGCGGCCGUUAGGGAAGUUGUUGGCCUUCCUCGAAACAACAGACCACCUCCUCCGCGCCCUCGGCCCCAGCACCCCUCCUGCCUCCCUAACCUCCCGGAGUACACACACCCGCCCUACCUUCCGCAAACUGCUCGCAGCCCACGACAGCAAGGAAAUACGCCGCGGCAUCGACGCGCUCAGAAAGCGCAUCGAUAAGCACUUUGGUGAUGCCGAUGACCCCGGCUUGAGUAGGAAUCUGGUCGCGAAGGUGGUCAAGGAGUGCGAAGAGUUCUACGUCGAGGUAGUUAGGAGGGUGGGGAGAGUUGGGGAGGCGGUUUACGGGGAUGGGACUGAAGGGGAUGGGGGGAAAGGUGGGGAGGUGAGGUUGGAGUGGGGGGAGGGCGAUGUGAGGGGGUGGUUUAGGCGGUAG